AUGUACUUCAACUCCCCACCACCACUCCCUCAACUUCUUAGUAAGAGCCCAGUCUCUUUGGAGGCUGGUCGUGGCUUCUGGCUGGCUGCAUCUCGAAGUUCAUCGAAAAUGCUUUCUAGGGGUUGUCUAAGUUUUAUGUCCGUGAAAAAGCUCUUUCCUGUAGUUCUUGCAGGAGUAGCUAGAGCUAAGCACACUCUUCCAGACUUGCCUUACGAUUACAACGCCUUGGAACCAACAAUCAGCGUGGAAAUCAUGCAACUUCACCACCAAAAGCACCAUGCUACUUACGUAAAUAACUUAAAUGUGGCAGAAGAGAAGCUUGCUGAGGCACAAGCUAAAGGUGGGACGAAACUAGAAAUAAUCUCUUAAAAACAGCGUAAAAAGACUUAAGUUUUGGUAUCGGUGGAAUGUGAUGCCUCAUUUACGCUUCCUUUAUGUAAUUCAUGAUCGUCAAGCCUUCGGAUAAUCUUCGUAAAUAUUCUUAAGCCAUCGGAUAAACUUCGGAAUCCAGAUUUGGUACGGUCGAAUUCAGAAAUCAUGUCUUCCUAAAACUGAUGAUGGAAUUCAAUGCCCUCCAGAUUUAGUGUAUCGUUUCUUUGACUUACAGUUUUUAAAGAGGAAGAUAUUAAACAAGGAAGAAUUGGUUUGCUUUGAAUUCUUAUAUGAGGGUCUCCCAGUGGGGUCCUUGUUCCCUUCCAAAAUUGCUCUAUGUUCCCUUGCACCCACAUGUUUUCAUCAUUUGUUCCCCUGUAAAUAAAUUUGCUUACCACUUGUCACUGCCAUCAAUUCCCUCCCGCAAAAAAAGAGAAAAAAACAAAUCUUACAAAAAGAAGAAAAUAGAUUGUAUGUGAUGUUCAAUUUGUGUGACACGUUAUCUCAAGCAUUUGAGCGAAAUUCACAAUCCAUCAGAGUGGAAUGAGCAUUAGAACUAACCUUAACUGGUCAAAAAUAAGCGGCGUGCAUGACAUGACUCCUGCACUUAGUUGUAUUUGAAGUUAUAUGGCCUUCAGAGCUUCGCUCCAACUAAAAGGUUCUGAAUUAAGAGAUUUUCCCCUACGACAAGAAAUGAGGAGAGGCUCCUUAAAGAUUUUCCUUAGCCGUUUGGCUUUGUAUAAGGUGCCAUUUCCCAUUAAUAUUUUCUUCAGGUUAGGUAAGGCCGGGUCGCAUUGUGUAACAAAAGGUAGAAGUUUUUUACGUGCAGAUUUGUUUCUCUGUGGUAGGGCUGUUUUCUUGUUGGUAAAUUUUACUUCAGAGAGGUACUUUCUUAAAAUAGCAGCAGGGUAGCCCCUUUCUGAUAUUCCUCAAAUGUGAUCUGCAAGGAAUUAGUCCUUAGUCCUUUCUUCACUCCUGGUGGGUGACACAAGUAGAAGUUCAUGUACUGGAAUGUUUCUGUGGGCAUAUUUAGCUGGCUACACCAAUCUACGAUUCCAAGUCCUUAUCCAACUCGAAAAAUAAAAUCAAACAACAUCUUGUCACUUUCGCCCCCGAUUUCCCAUUUCAAAGGACCAACGCACUGCUGGUUUUUCUUCGCCAUUUCUAGAAAUCGAAGCAGUGACAGGUAGCACAACACGAUCGUUAAAUGAUCUAUCCGCCAUCUUGGUCAUCUGUGACAACAGAUCCCAAGUUUUUAUGAGAGUGCCAGGAUUUUAAUAGAGGACCCAAUCAUAUCAGUGCCAGAAGAUUUCCAACAACAUUCUGAAGACUUCUAGAGUUCUCAAGAAAAUGACUGUGCUUCAUUGAUCCAUUCUCUUUGACUUCUCUGACAUUGGUUCUUGUUUAUCGGUUGUCACCCUAAUGAUGUGAUUCAGUUUUUGUUUCUUGCCAAACAGUGCAACAGUGUCUGUGAAGCAGUGCCCUUUGCCAGUUGAAAAAAAAUGUGAGGUAUAUUGACUACAGUGCAUUAAGUUCAGGAAGAGUUUUUCUCUUGCUCCUUCUUUUUUUUUGUAAGAUUUUUGUUAUGGUUGUGAUUAAAGUGCUGUUGCAUUGUUGUGUGGCAGACAAAUGGCAUUCAGUGUGUGAGAAAAUGUGUAUCUUAUUUAAGAUUUUAAUAGUUCAGCUUUUUGCUAGACAUAAAAAAAAAUGGUCAAUGGUCUACAGGCUUAGGGCAUUAUAGUAAAGUUACCUAUCAGCAGGUGUGACUCAUGCUUUAGGAAUGGGAAGUAGUAGGUAUAAAUGAAACCAUGAUGAUUGGAUUCCUUGGAAACGUCUCUUUUCUUAGUCAUCCGUUGAAAGACUUUUAAGAUGUCAUUCCAGGGACAUACUAUAAUACUAAGUAUUGUCAACUGAGCUCAAUAAAUGUUACAAGUUGUAAAAUGGGUGGCCAAACAAAACACCAUCAUCACUUUUUGAGAUUUUGCUGGGGACAUUCGUAUGCUACAGCCCUUGAGUUCCAUAUGUGGCUUAAGCGUUAUUGUGUUAUGUACAGUACUUUUUUGAAUUGUGUGAUUUCUCUCUAGGUGAUAUCAGUUCCAUAAUAUCUCUACAACCAGCACUUAAAUUCAAUGGUGGAGGGCACAUCAAUCACAGUAUAUUUUGGACAAAUCUUUCUCCUGAUGGUGGUGGAGAACCAACAGGUGCAUAUUUAUACAAAAAGAAAUGAAAAGAAAGACACUGAGGAUAAUUGUCCAUGGGCAAGUUUCAAGCCAUAAGUUGAAAACCAGAUUUCAUAUAAGGCUUUCUCUUCAUAUUUUUUAUGAGGAAUUCACAGUUAAAUGAACUGUUCACCCAGAAAGUUGCAUAAUUUUACUUAAAAUCGUUUGUAUAUAAGUCAGGUUUUGACAAGACACAGUCAGGACCACAAGUUAAAAGUAGUGAGAUAGAAUAAUAGCAGAGUUUGGGAAGAAAUUUCAUUGAAAACUUGCUUUAUAAAGAUAGCAUGUGUUUUAAAGUUGAAUCAGCCCCAGGAUAGAACGUUUGGACAAACUGGAUAUACAGUACCUAUUUCUGGCAUUGAGGCAACAAAGUCAGUCUUAAGAGGUGGUGAAGAAGGAAUUUAAAUUGACAUGCAGCAGAAAAAAUGCAAACCUAACUAACCACUAAAGACUAGUCACCUGCUAGAGCGAUUCUCAUUAAUAACCAGAGCUCUCUAAUUCUGACCUCUUUAAUUGAUUCUGAAGGUGGUCCAUGAUAAGAGCUGUGAAUUUAAUAGGUUUGUGGUGAACCUUCACAGAAAACUGUGUAAAAUGUUUUCUACACCAGGUGACCUGCUGGAAGCUAUCAAGAGAGACUUUGGCUCCUUUGAGAAUUUCAAAGAAAGAUUCAACACAGCAUCAGUGGCAGUGCAGGGUUCAGGUUGGGGUUGGUUGGUAAGUCAUGGAUUUUUGUUAGAAACUUGUAAUAACCAAUUUCAUAUGUAAUCAAUUCCCUUGCCCAGGUAACCAAUGCACAAUUUACUAAUUAGUCUUUCUCUGCAUGGCACAGGUAGCCCAACCUUGAUAUCUGAGCUCUGAAUAAUUCAAUACUGUUUGUGAGCUGUAAAUGACACUCAGUCAUUGGAUGUUGCUUAACUAAAAUAGCACUUUUCACUGAUGACAUCACAAAUUUCUGAUCCCUGCUUUUUACUCAGACAUUGAACCUCAUCCUUUUAAGAGGAUUGUAUGGGAGAAUCAUGCGCGCCUACAAAUAACAUCGUCAUUAAAGAUUUUUAUUGUUGGAAAAAAAAAAUCGGGCUGGUUUUGAUAAUGUAUAUAUCCUGAAUAAAAAUUAACGUGUGCCAACACUUUCUUAACAAAUGAAAUAACUGUAUGGAUGAAUGAUUUUAUUCUGAAUGCAGUUUCAUUACCCUGGCUAAAAUAUGUUAUGACAUUUCACUUAGAAAUGUACAAAGGGCAAAGGAUGCUUUUUUUUUCUGAGUCCAAAGGCAAUGCUCAAUAUGCUACUAUGAGAUAUAAAAUACUGCAUGGUACCUACCUGGUUUCAAAACCAAAGGUAACAAACUUAUACAAUUUCCGGUUUGUGCUCAUGUUAGGGUGCUUUAAGGCUGGUUUUCACUAGCGAGGGAGUCAGAGUCGAAGCCAUUCGUGAGAAUGCUUAUGACUCAGUGAAAAUCAAAAAUUUAUUGGAGUUGUAAGCAGAGUUGUGAGUGCGACGGAAUCAGAGUUGGAAGAAUCAGAACGUUUCCAUUUUCUUCCGACUUCGCAUAUGACUUCAUUGCUAACAAUCUAGUGAAAAGCAGAUUGUCGGCGUCAGAAGCAGAAGCGCAAGGAUAAACCAAUCACAAUGCAUGUUCUCAUACUUUGUGAUUGGUUAAGUUCUUCCGCUUCUGCUUGCGACUCUGAUGACCUAGUUUUCACUUGAUCAUAAACGACAGAGUCAUAAGCAUAAUCAGAAAGCUGUUUUCACUAGAUCACAAAGUUCUAUGCUUCUGAUUACAGCUGCAACUCCAACUCUGUUACUAGUGAAAACCAGCCCUUAGAGUUAAGAAAUUCUGCCACAGACUUGCAAAAACACAUACAAACUCGAUUUUCACUUCAGCAUGUUUGCUUUUGGAGUAUUACACAGCCAGAAAUGUUGUGUCAUGUUUCAGUGUUAUGACUAAGAUAGACCUACGGAUCUGAUUUUAGUAGCCUUACUUUGACCAGGUUGCUUUACUUUCUAAUUUUGAACAUUCAAUUACUUAGUUACUUACUUUUAUUAUUUAGUUACUUGGGCCAGCAUUUACUCCCUAUAGCAGUAAUGUCUUUUAUAUAUUAGAAUAAAGCUCAAAAAACAUUUUAAAAACAUUGAGUGCAAAUUUUAUGAACAAUUUUCAUGUUGGAAAAGCAUGUUGCUCAUGGAGUUAGAUAGAUACAAAAUAGAUACAUAGUUUAUUUAUAAUCACAUCACAACCGUGAGAUUGAAUUAGGCGAUUAUUUACAAAUAAUUAUGAUUACUUAAAAAUACUACCACCAAUAAGCUAAUUUAUAAAAAAAAUUGAAGAAAAGAAUAACAGAAACAAUGCAUGAAUACAUUACAGUAAAACUGAGAUUUGUUAAAAAAAAUAAAAAAACAGAAUCGACAUAAUAAAAAGCAAUCGAAACUUCUAGAGCUAUGGAUCAGGAACACAGUUUAAGCUUUGGGGGGCGUUGGACGUAAUAAAACUAUUACGGAAUCUGUUCUUCUUGAAAAUGGGCCUAAAUUCCCGUUGCCUUUGAGUAGAAUGCAAAGUUUGCCUGCGUCAUGUGAAGUGGGUCUACUGUUACAAAACCUAUUUGUGGUGAUAGCGCAAAGUGCUAUUAACUUGUGUGUGACAAAUCCUACUGAAAUGGACAUAAUGACUGGACAGAUCAAACACUUUUGAGUAUCAUUUUUUAGCUGAAAAUUUGCACAGUAAUUAAAGAAAUUAAAAUUCAGCAUUGUAACAUAUUGUAAGAAAUAAUGCCUGCGGGGCCGGGACUCCCUUCAUGAAGAGAUAGGGAUGCUUGAUGUCUCGCUUUGUUGUGUAAAUUGGAGAUUCAUUUCACCAGUUAUGUUACCAUGGAAAAGCUGAUAUUCUUGCCCAAAUAGCUGUCGCAUGCGAUGAGGGGAAAAGAAUUUACAGCGGUUACAACUAACACGCACCCUGAAAGGGUUUUUCUUCGGUUCAAACCUGCGUUUUGGUGGACGUCAAUCAACCGUUACCAUGGUUUUUCAUGCGUUGGACUAGAGAAGAUUCUUUCUCCGUUUCUUGAGCACUCGGAGGAAUAUGUCGGCGUUUCAGCCGGCUGCAGGAUCUGACACCGCUUCAUGUCAAGAUUACGAGGAGAAAGAAUUUGUUGAGUGUUUCUCGGAGGAAACUCAAAUUAUCGACAUAUUUACACACUGUAAGUUACAACCACAUAAGCAAGCUUUCUCAAUUGCUCGCAACUCGUCUCAGUUCUUGAUAGUUUUGGUUUCUAUUCGAUAACAUGAGGAAUGAUAAGUAGUAAAAUUCAUUUUCAAAAACAGCCACCACUGAGAGGAAACCUUUUCCCUUUUCGGUGUGAUAUCUUUUGUUUCUUUGAAUUUAUAUUAACUUCUUGGCAAUUCAGUCCUCCACGGCUCCCGUGUUUUCAUACAUCAAAUAAAUAAACAACAACCUGAAAACCGUUAUGUAAACUAUAGAGAAUGUUUCGGCUAUUUCACUCAACUCGCAGAGACCUCGUUGUUUUAACAAUGUAAUCCUUCAUCUUAAUAAAAUAAUUUUAAAAAGCCGUCGUCGUUCGAAAUUAUUCACCCUUCAUUCAGCGAUGAGGGAACCUUCUCUGUCAGAGCGCGUGGAAAACCAUGGAAACAGUUGAUUGACGUCCACGAAAAAUCAGGUUUAAACAGACAGAAAAAACCCUUCAAAGGCGAGUGUUAGUGGUAACCGCUGUAAUACAUACAAAGACAUCAAAUGUCAGUCAUAAUAUUCUUACAAUAAUAAAAUUUUAUGUAGCUCUUGGUUUUGGGAAGCAGCCUGUUUUUUAUUACUUUAAUCUUUGUUAGAAGCUUAAUUCUAUGCUUCCGUUUGAGCAUCCCCAUAUCUAUCAUAUGGGAAUCACCACCCCAGACCAACAAUUUUUCUAGUUUUUCUGACAGAAACAGUGACCUGUGUGAACACGUGUCCUUCUAAAAAGAAUUUUUUUUCAGGCCUGAUACUGUAUGCUUUUAUUAUGUUGUACAGUAAAUGAUUUGUGGACUACAUAUUGAAUUUAUGGGAAAUUCACUUCACUUACCUCUAUAUGGGCUUGUUGUCACAUCGUUUUAUGUAAGAGCUUUGUAGUUUGGUGUCUUGUAGACUAUGGCAUGUCAAAAGGAAACUUGCCCACAAAAAAGGGAACGAGAAUGUGUUCUGAAGAAGGCUAGUAUCGACUGGUAUUUAUAUUGAACCCUUAUUGAAUGUUGAAAAUGGUAUUAUAAGUUAAUCGAUCCACUGCAUGUUUUUUGUAGGGGUACAACAAGGUAGAUAAACAUCUUGUGAUUGCUACCUGUGCCAACCAGGAUCCACUUCAAGCCACAACAGGUAAUUUUUUGGUCAUCCAUAAAGUUGCAGAUACUCUGAACUACGUUGACUUUGGUGUGGAUCUAAUCAAAGGCAGUUCAAUUUCAUCCAGAACUGUAACACACCACCAACGGUUUCCCUGUAACUGACAUACAGAUGAUAUGUCACUACAUGAUCUGGGUCAUGUGCUUCUAAAAGGUUGAAGCAAAUUUUCAUCCAUUCAGAAGCAAAACCCAGUUCAAGGUAGUAACACAUCAUCACUAUGGAAUUUCUGCAGGUCGUUCCACAGAUGUUCUUUGGUGGGAAGUAGUAGUGUCACAGAAUGUCAGACUGCUGUUUUCCCAGGCUCUACACCUGUACAUACUUUCUCCUUAAAUUUUCUUAGCAAAGCAGCUUUGGAACUCCUGUAGCUUUUUCCCUUUUUUUGUUUUAAACUGGGGUGAUCCGUCCAAACAAAGUCUGCAUAAUCAACACAACUGCGGAGGUACAUGUAUAUCAACACAUUUUGCAAUUUUUGCUAACGUUAUGAUAUGUUUUCUUCACAGGUCUUGUUCCCCUUCUUGGAAUUGAUAUGUGGGAACAUGCAUACUACCUUCAGUAUAAGAACCUGCGUCCUGAUUACAUGAAGGCUAUUUAUAAUGUUAUCAACUGGGCCAAUGUAGCUGAAAGAUAUGAUGCAGCCAAAUCGUAA